UGAAAAAGGCUCCUCAAUGGGGGUCGAAAUAUUUGCCAUCAUUUAAAUAAAAAAUACAUUUACUCUUGAGACUCUGAAAAGUAAUACCAUUAGUGUAAAUGCUGUUCAGAUUCCUAUUCAUCACGUAGUAACCUAGCAACGAGUCACACUUCUUUUGUUUUUAAGAGUAGAUUGGCUAAUAUGGGGAUGUCCGUGGUCUUCACCCCUCACUUUCAAACACCUUUGCUUAUCGCGCGCGCAUGUCGUCUGCUAGACCCCUGGCCCGGCCCGCAUUCAAGAAACGAAAUUGUAUAAGGGCCUCAGGUGUCUUCUUAUCUGUGGCAAGUGCAAUUUAAAAUGAAGAGACAGAAGAGGCAGUCAACACUCAACUUCUUUCUCAAAAAGAAGAAAUCGGAAGAUGAGAGUUCACCUGCCAUCCGGCCAUCCUAUCCGGAUGUCUUUAAGACACUUCGCCCCCUCACUGAAGGCGCUGAACUGCGAAUGUCUGGCGUUAACCUGGCCCGCGUCAUCACCGCAGUGCUGAACGACCUGAGGCUGGACAGGGCGGCCAUGGUAGCGCAAUGCUACGACGGAGCGGCCUGCAUGGCCAGCGAGCGUGUCGGAGUGGCCGCUCAGAUGCGGUGCGACUCGCCGCUGGCGCACUACUUUCAUUGCGCUGUCCACGCCUUGAACCUGGCGACGUCCCAACUGACCAAGGUGGACAUCAUCAGGAACGCUCUUGGAUCUUUGGAGACGGUGGUCACCUUCCUGACAGGCGGUGCGAAGCGCGAGGAGCUGCUGCGCACUGCCCAGAAAGAGGCACUCGGCGAUGGGGAGAAGCGAAAGCUCCUCAAGCUGUGCCAGACGCGCUUCGUGGAGCGACACGUCGCCGUGGAGCGUUUCUGGGAGGAGCUUCCCGCUGUCUGCCUGGCCCUGGAGCUGAUGGCUGAGUGGCAGGACCGACGCACCAGCUCUCAGGCAGCUAACCUUCUGACUGCAGUAACCCAGGGAGAGUUCCUGGUGGGAGUGGCAGUGGCCCGGAAGCUGUCUGGCGUUCUUCGCCCGCUCUCCACAGCACUGCAGGAGAGAGGGAUGGACCUGGUGCGGUGCCUCAGUCUGGUGGACUCCACCGUCACCGUCCUUCAGGACAUGCGCACUAACUCCGACACCGAGUUUGAAAAUCUGAUGGUGGACGCCACGGCCAUGGCGGCAAAAUUCAAGAUAGAGAUAAAGAAGCCGCGGCUUCCAAGCAGGGCCGCCCACAGGAGCACAGCAGCUGCCGAUCAAACUCCUGAAGCCUACUACCGAGCGAACACCUUCGUGCCCGCCCUAGAUGCCGUCAUCUCAAACAUCAGGGACCGCUUUGGCGUGCACCAGAGGACGGCGUUCCUACUUAGCCGACUCCUACCGAAGAAUGUGAGCGACUCCACCUGGGAGCAGCUGGAGCCUGUCUUCAGGCAGUAUGCCAGCCUGAUCGGAACCUGCACGGAACAGCUCUGGUCUGAGCUCCGUGUCUUGGCGGCCAUGUGGUCGAACCGGCCGAAGACGGAGCCGGAGGUGCCGCUGACUGCCAUCGGCACGCUGAACGAGUGCAGCCAGUGCACCUUCCCAGCCAUUCACCGACUGCUGCGGGUGCUGGCCGUGCUGCCGGCGACGACUGCGGAGGCCGAGCGCCUCUUCUCAAAGGUCACGCGAACGCUGACUGCGCUACGGUCCACGAUGACGGAAGAUCGGCUGGAGGCCUUGGUUCUCCUCCAAGUCCACAGGGACAGGCUGCCGUCGACUGGCCAGGUGGUGGACCGCUUCGCCGCCUGCGGAUCUCGCCGGCUUGACUGUCGGCUGCCGCUGAUCUCGCCAGCUGCCGCUCCCGCCGCCCGCCGCUGAUCUCGCCGGCUGCCGGCUGCCGCUGAUCCCGCCGGUCUCCGAUGAUGCUGCCGGCUGCCGCUGAUCCCGCCGGUCUCCGAUGAUGCUGCCUGCGCCACUGAUGUUGCCGGCUGCCGGAGUCACUGAUCCUGCUCCUGAUCCCGCUGAUCUACCUGCCGUUUACCCACACAAAUAUAAACAAUACAGUUAUGUGUGCGUUAAAUCCGUUUGUGUUGCUCCAUCAAGGAAAAUAACGAUUUUAAUUAUUUGAAGGUUAAUAGUGAAACCAUGCCUUGUUGGUCAUGUGCACUUACUUGAUUUCUGAUACAGAAUUAAGUGAUGCAUUUUGCAUGCACUUAAAGGAAACAUCGCACCCUUCAACAUGGGAUUUCAAACUUAACAAUCCUAUGCGGCAUGCCUGAAUCUCCCCUCACCCUCAGCCGAAUGAGUAUCUUUAUGUCAAGUCAGUGCAAAGCCGAGCGGAACAGGCUUACAUUACAAAAAAUGCGCUGUUACGACCGUUUUACGUUCACUAGUUUGAGAGAAACGAUAGAAAUUUACGGUUUGUCGCAAAAAUGCCGCUGUACGUUUUGUAUUGUUUUGGUAAAACUGUCGCAAAGUUAGCAAAAUAGUUACUGGUUCGAAAAAUCAUAGGGAACAUUGUUCCUACUGUGAAACUUAUUCACUUAGCUUUUUAGCAGCUUUGAAUGAAAACUUCGAAGGUAGGUCGUUUUCUUUAAUGCCAUGUUAUAUUUUCUAGACAGAGGGUGUUAAAACACCUCCCGGCCCACAAAGUUUGCGCCAAGCACCGACCCGGAGUGGGUUAACUGGUCGACAAAAGCAAUGUGAAGUGUUUACAAAGUAAUAUAAGGGCAUGGGUCGCGUGGGCUACCAUUUUAUACUUCUUUUUUU